CAAUACGAGGAGGCCCUGCGACCACAGAAGAAGGGAGCGGGAUGGCUUCUCAAUCGCAGGAAGGCCACUGCUGUGUCGUCUCCCCAAUUGCAGGAGCCCUCCUCACCGGUGGAUAAAGGCAAGGCGACAACAGCGUCACCAAACAACUUCCCCCUUAUCACCGCCGGAAAGAGCAAAUUGCUCUUGGAGGAGUUCCGUCGGAAACGAACAGUAAGUCGUCUCUCUGUUUCCCCCCAACUGCCUCUCUUCAAUUUCAUUAGCUUUGACUAUCCAUAA